AGUGGUUUGAACGCUAUUGUCUAUUCUAUCAUCUAGAGUUCCAACUUGCUGCAUACAUUAACAUACGUGAGAUUUUCUUAGGGAACAACAUCAUCAUUAUAAUCUAAAUGACAGAGUCAUCUUUGUGAAGGAUCGCAAUGAGUUUCAUCAGAGUGAGCGAAUAUGCAGCGUUACUGCUCUUUAUCUUGUACCUACAGUGUCACCAUACGAAAGGAGAGGCCAAUAAUGGGAAAAAAUAUCGGAUAGAUAAAAUUGGAAAGACGUGGAAGUAUGCUUCUCAGUCCUGUACUUUGAUGGGAUCUGAACGGGCUCCAUCUUAUGUCGUCAACGUACAAGAAUCGUAUCCUGCAGACAUGGAAGACAGCCCUCACUGGAUAGGUGCCACAGCGGAAAUCACUCCGUGGUUUAAAUUUUCAGGAUGUUAUGUUUAUGAAGCAGUACCCGAAGAAGAAAUUAAAAAGCUGGAUACACGCUCUGCAUUUAUUGGUCCUGUGGCGGACUGUUACUUACAAUGCAUGAGCCAUUUCGGAGUCAAUGACACUCAUUGCUUCUGUACCCUUGAUUUGGAAAAAGGACGAUUGAAUGGAACCUGUGAAUUGAUAACAUCUAUUUCCUUUGAAAAUGACGUGAUUGGAUAUACACAUGACAAUUCCGACAAGAUAUACCAUUUUGCAAUGUACAUGCUAUUUGACGGCACCCCCAAGAUAACAGACAAUUUGGACGAAUGUCUGGUAAAUACCGAUACUGACUUCAUGACCAAACCAUGUGACUCAAUUGACAGCUCGAUGCGUAAAUGGUCGAAGGCAAUCAUAGAGGGACCAUCGAGUGAUGGUGGCAGGAUACAGUGGACGUCUUUUGUACGCCGGCAUCUCAUGCGAUGGACUAAAGCAAAAACUGGUCAGACAAUUACGAACUGUGUUAGUGUGAAGAAGGGAUUGAAUAAUAAGAAAUAUGAAAACGUUUUAAAACCGUGUGACAAUAUACUUCCAUACAUUUGUGAAGGGAAAAAUCUGUAUCACAUUCCAUAUUACCGCUCAAAUAUCAGCUUAGGGGUCGAUGGUGAAGGCCAGAGGGCUGAUGUUGGUCGAGGGUUGAUAUGA